AUGAUCAUGGGUCGCGUGCAAACUAGCCACCUUGAUGACGCGAAACUAUUCUGCGAAAUGCCCGUGAGAGACGCAAUUUGUUGGAACACAAUGAUCCAAGGCUGCUUGGACUGGGGACUUGAUCACAGCGGAAGAGCUUUUCAGCGAAAUGCCCGAACCAAUGUUGUUUUGUGGAUGGCGAUGAUAGAUGGGCUCUUUCGAUUUGGACAGAUUGAGCUAAUAGAGAGAUUUUUCAAUCAGAUGCCCGUAAGAGAUCUCGCUGCGUGGAAUGCAAUGUUUCAUGGGUAUUGUGCGAAUGCGAGGGUGGACGAUGCUGUGAAAUUGUUUGAGCAAAUGCCAUCUCGAAAUGUGAUUUCAUGGACUUCAAUGAUUGGCGGGCUUGACCAAAACGGUAAGAGUGAAGAGGCUUUAAUUGUUUUUGAGAGAAUGUUCAAGUCCGGUGUUGUACCCAAUCCAAGUACUUUGACGCGUGCAUUAAGUGCCUCUGCAAUUGCAUUGUCUCUUCCUCUUGGUGUGCAGAUUCAUGCUCACGUUUUCAAGUCUAGAUUCUGCCUUAGCGUAUUUGUAUGUGCUUCUCUUACCAUGUUCUAUGCUAAUUGCAAGCGAAUUGAGAAAGCAACCCAAGUCUUCAAUGAAGCAGUGUAUAGGAAUGUGGUCAUAUGUACGGCUCUUCUAACUGGUUAUAACUUGAAUGGUAGGCAUGAAGAUGGCCUGAAGGAAUUCAGUGACAUUAUGAGAACAAGUGUUCUUCCUAAUCAAUCUUCUUUUGUAAGCGCUUUGAAUUCUUGCUGUAGCUUAGAGUCUCUAGAUCAAGGUAAGGUGGUCCAUGCGUCAGCUGUAAAGCUGCAAUUGGGAAGUGAUGUAUUUGUAGGCAAUUAUCUUGUAGUCAUGUAUAAUAAGUGUGGAGCCAUUGAUGAUGCUGUUGUAGUGUUUAAGAGACUCAGGGAGAAGAACAUUGUCACUUGGAAUGCCACUAUUUGCAGGUGUGCACAACAUGGCCGAGGGAUGUGGGCUACGGAGUUGUUUAGCCAAAUGAUACGCGGAUUGGUACAACCAGAUGAGAUCACACUCACAGGACUGCUUUCUUCCUAUAGUCAUUCUAGGAUGUUACAAAAGGGGAGAUGCUUUUUCAGAUAUUUUAUUGAGAACACUUCCAUCGAAUUGAAGCACGAGCAUUAUGCAUAUGGGGGUGAUGUCUCACAAUUAAGAGUGACUAUGAGAGAUAAAGGGAUUGUGAAGCAACCAGAUAAGAUGUUCUCUCCCCAUGAUGUGGUUGACAAAUGGAAGGAAGAGUCAUCAUUUUACCAUAGUGAAAGGCUUGCUAUUGCAUUUGCAUUGAUUAGUAUUGUUGAGGGCAGUGGGGUAACUGCAAUGAAGAAUCUUCGCACCUGUGGGGAUUGUCAUUCCGCAAUUAAACUUAUUGAAAAGAUUGUUGAUCAUGAGAUCGUUGUGAGAAAUUCCAGCCGCUUUCAUCACUUCAGAAGUGGCAUUCGCUCUUGUGGGGAUCACUGA